GCGGUGGACGUCUCGAAGGUGGUGUCGGUCACUGCUGUCGCUCAGCUGUCUCUCCUACUGUCACCCGCCUCAGUGAGUGUGUGUGCGUGUGCGCGCGUGUGUGUGUAGGAGGAAGACACUGAGCGAGAGAGAGAGCGAGAGAGAGAGAGAGAGCGAGAGCGAGAGAGAGAGCGAGAGCGAGAGCGAGAGCGAGAGAGAGAGAGAGAAGUUUUCCUCUGCGCAUGGUCGCCUGUCGUUCACUUCACACGAUGGCACGCCUGAAUCCGCGUGCACCUUUGUUGCGUUAGGAGCCAUGUCGCUUUCAAGAGAUCUGAGAACCCCUCCAGCCCCCCAGCCCACCCCAGCCCACCCCAACAAAAGUGUCACCAUGGCUGAAUUCGGAGAUAACAAGAGCGCCGUCGGUCAACCGGUUGCUGGCUGGAAAGCUGCGUCGGGAGGAGCCGGAGUGAGCCCGGAGACGCGCCGAGGGGAGCCGGUGUCAAACGGAAACUGCGGCGUGUCAGACACGGUGAAGAGGAUCCGAAAGGAAUCCAGCUGCGAGUCCCCGACGUGGGAGAGCGCGGGGUCGGAUUUAGCCUCUAAACCGAUCCCUCGACGCAGCAGUCUCAUCAAGGAUGGGUCACGUGCUGGUCGGGAUAGGAAGAAGACGGUGUCCUUCAGCAGCAGUCUGUCAGAAAAGAAGAUCAGCAGUGCUGCAGACUGUAUCCACUCCAUGGUUGAGGGGAUUGAGCUUAAGAAAAUCCGAACCAACUCCCGUGUUUACCUGCGUUACUACCUGCUGGACGCCGGCCUCCAGGCUCUAUGCUGGGAGCCAUCCAAAAAGGAGUCCGACAAAGCCCGCAUCUCUCUGGCCUCCAUCAGGGAGGUACGGACAGGUCGUAACACAGAAACUUUCCGCACCAGCGGAGUUUACGAGCAGAUUUCUGAGGAUUGUGCAUUCUCCAUCAUCUAUGGAGAGGUGUAUGAAAGCUUGGACCUGGUGGCCAACUCCGCUGAAGUGGCUAACAUUUGGGUGACGGGCCUGAGGUAUCUGAUGCAGUAUGGGAAACAUGCCCUGGACAUGCUCUCCAGCAGUCAGGACAGCCUUCGUCUGGGCUGGCUGGAGCAGUUGUUCUCCUCUGCUGCUGAUUCGUAUGGACAGGAAGACAUUGAGGAAGAGAUCCGCUUGCAGUUGGCCGUUAAGCUGAUACAGAGCGUGAACCCUGGGGUCGGCUGCCGCAAAGUGGAGCACAGGUUCAAAGAGCUUCAAAGAGUCAGGGAGAGGAUGUGUGGGCUCACUCUCGAUAAUGAAUCUGGAGUUGAAGAACAUGUUGAAAACAAAAGACUGAUCGGAAGAAAUGAGCGAGUCACCAGGCAGGAGUUCAUCGAGGUCUUCCAUGACUUUUGCACACGUCCGGAGAUCUACUUUCUGUUGGUGCAGUUCUCGAGCAACAAGGAGUUCCUGGACACCAAAGACCUGAUGAGGUUCCUCGAGGCUGAGCAAGGCAUGACUCAAGUGAGUGAGGAGACCAGCUUGAAGCUCAUCCAGUCCCACGAGCGAUCCGAGGAGGGCCGGCAGGAGGGAUACCUGUCACUGGACGGCUUCACCAGCUACCUCACCUCGGCAGAGUGCCACCUCUUCGACAGGGAGCAUGACACCGUGUGCCAGGACAUGUCCCAGCCUUUGUCUCACUACUACAUCAGCUCCUCCCACAACACCUACCUCAUCGAGGACCAGUUUCGAGGUCUGUCCGACAUCUCUGGCUACAUCCGUGCACUGAAGAUGGGUUGCCGAUGUGUGGAAGUGGACGUUUGGGACGGCCCCGAUGGGGAUCCGGUGGUGUGUACGGGACACACUCUCUCACCACCACUGGCCCUGCGUUGUGUGUUAGAAGCAAUUGGAAAAUUUGCGUUUGUGGCCUCGCAGUACCCAUUAAUAAUAUGUCUGGAGAACCACUGUUCACUUAAACAGCAGAAAGUGAUGUGGCAACAUCUUAUGAGGAUACUAGGAGAGAAGUUAUACACAGAUCCGCCAUACGAAGGGGAGUCAUACUUACCAUCGCCAUAUGCUCUAAGGCAACGAAUUCUACUAAAGGGUAAAAGGUUGGGGCCAGAUCCUGAUGGCGAGGACGGCGAGGUAAGUGAGGAGGAUGAAGGGGCAGAGAUGUGUCAAAGGAUGAAAGCAGUUAGCAGUGGAGUGGCAGCGCCUGGAGGAAAUGAGAAGGACAUGGUGCAGAAAAGUGUCUCUUUCACAGCGGUCACUCAGUCACCCAAACGAUUCCAACUCUUGAAGGAGCUCUCUGCCCUAGUAACUCUUUGCCGCUCGGUCCGCUUCGUUGACUUCCCCACAUCAUCCAAAAGCCAAAACCCUUUGGAACUGUGUUCCUUUCAUGAGUCACUGGCCGUGCGUCUCGCUGGCGAGAGCCCUGGAGAAUUUGUCAACCACAACAAGCAUUUUCUGUCACGGGUGUACCCCAACCCCAUGCGUAUUGACUCGAGCAAUAUGAACCCUCAGGACCUGUGGAAGUGCGGUUGCCAGAUUGUGUCUAUGAAUUUUCAGACAGCAGGACUGAUGAUGGACCUGAACACAGCCUGGUUCCGGCAGAAUGGGAACUGUGGUUACGUUCUGAGGCCAGCUAUCAUGCGACAGGAGGUGUCUUAUUUCAGCGCAGACACCAGAGACACGGUGCCUGGUGUGUCUCCACAGCUCCUCCAUGUGAAGGUGAUAAGUGGCCAGAACUUGCCCAAGCCGCGUGGUUCAGGGGCCAAAGGAGACGUGGUGGACCCCUACGUGUACGUUGAGAUCCACGGUAUCCCAGCUGACUGCACAGAGCGCCGCACCAGGACGGUGACACAGAAUGGGGACAAUCCUGUCUUUGAUGAGAGCUUCGAGUUCCAGAUCAACCUGCCGGAGCUCGCCAUGGUUCGCUUUGUGGUGCUGGAUGACGAUUUCAUAGGGGAUGAGUUCAUAGGCCAGUACACCAUUCCUCUGGAGUGUCUUCAACCGGGCUACCGACAUAUACCACUCCAGUCUCUGACAGGGGAGGAACUUCCCCACGCCAAGCUAUUUGUCCAUGUGGCCCUCACCAAUCGGAGGGGAGGGGGAAAGCCUCACAAAAGGGGACUGUCUGUGCGGAAGGCCCGCAAGGGAAGGGACUACACAGCUCUGAGGGACUUGGGGGUCCGGGCUGUAGAUGAGGUUUUCAAGAUGGCUGCUCCUCCGCUGAGAGAAGCAACGGACCUGAGGGAAAAUAUGCAGAACUCAGUAGCAGUGUUCAGGGAGCUGUGUGGCGUAUCAGCGGUGGCUAACCUCAUGCAGUGCGUCCUAGCUCUGGGCUCCAGGGUGUCAGGGCCAGACGGGGCGCCUUUACUACUGUUCAACCUCCUUGACCACUACCCCACACUGGAGCCCCAGGGGCCCCUACCGGAUGUCCUUCGUCGGGUUGUCUCCACCUAUGAAAUGAUGGUUCAAGCGAGCAGAGCAGUGAUGGAGCUCUCCGAUGGAAUCUACGACAAGAUCCUACAGAUACAGUCAACGGCCAUGGAGUUUCAUGAGAAGCUGCAGAGUCUGGCGGCGAAGGAGGGGCUGAGGGGUCGCAAGGUCAGUCGGGCGCUGGAGAGUUUCAGCUGGAACAUCACCAUCCUUAAGGGUCAGGCUGACCUGAUGCAGCACGCCAAAGCUGAAGUCCAGGAGAACAUGAAGCAGGUCCACGAUGCUGCUUUGACUGGGAACCUUACCAAGGAGAGUGUAGGAUUGAGAAGAGUCCGCUCCCAAACCCGAUGAAGCCAGGAGGACUAGCGAGUGCAAGAGGACCCUCGACACAGCAAGCAAAUGAAAGAGGACACGACCACAUUGCCCUCGUAACGAACCCUUUUCAUGUAAUUAAAAUGUUCUAGUGUCAGACUUUUAAAAUGCUGUGGGAGAGCUAUAGCUAGUACUGUGUUUUUGAAAGGGACGAACAAGAAGAGUUGAUGAAUGCCUGAAAGUCCUCAAAACGUCUUCAAAAUGCAGCCACGCCGCCCCUCCCCCACCUGUCGUAGAUAACACUCGAGAGCCGCAAGAUGAGAGAUAAAUAAUGCUGGGAAGAUGAAUGUAGUUAGACAUUAAGCCAAGGCUAAGUUAUUUGUGCUGCAUUAAAUUGUAAAUAUACCAAUCUCCGCUUAUGUGCAAUGUGUCUUGAAGAGGGUGGAAAAUAUGUCGUCGCUCAGUAAAAAAAGUGAUACAAAUCUUUUGUAAAACUGCCACCGUCACAUGUUAGCAGCGUGUGCUUCUCAAAGCCACCAUCCAGCAAAUGUCAUUUUCUUCUCAAUUAUAUAAGUAGGAGAUGAGCAGGAGUCUGAAUGUGUUCAGUAUUUUAACAGUACGUUGUUUGGACCAGUGCAGCCCCUUUAUAUCUCUCUCCAUCUUAAUGCCAUUAAGCAUUUCUAGGUCCUGGAUUGCUGCUCUUCAUCCAAUCACGUUGAGGUCCUUUCUCUUGCCACAAAGCACUUAACCCUCUAAAUAUUAUCACAUAUAAUUCUAUAUUUUUCUAUUUUCCUUCAGCUCUUGUGCUAAUUGAACCAGUUACCCGCCAUAAUGAUCAACUCCAGAUCUAUAAAUGUCUGCCAUAGGGAAUAAAUACUGUUAUGUGCAAAGUGCUUACUAUGUGUGCAAAACACUGUACAGUAUUUUACUAUGUAGUUUCAAUCCUUUUGCUGUAAAGAAUAUUUUACAUAAGUUAUUGAUCCUGAAUGAAAUCAUUCCAGGCAUCGGUGCAGUAGAUGAGGCUCGACCUGUUCAGCUCCAUAAAAGGUUGCAGUUCACCAUUACCUUCCUUUAAUGUCGGGAUGGAAAUAAACUAGUUUUUAAAUGA